CUUCACCGCUCUUGUUUGUUUGUUUUUUUCAACAAAAAAAAACAUACAUGUGCAUGCCAUCUGAGAGACAUCCCAUUCCUCCCCUACGUCACUCGCAUCUAUAGGCGGGCAUCUUCCGCGGCUUCACCAAAAAAUCUCCCCAUGCUGUUGAUACCAGCUCUCCUAACUCACCUGUGCAGCUCCCCUCCAUUGAGUUGGAUAUUAAGUCAGUUGAUAACCUGUUCUUCCGCUCUUCUUUGCCUCUACAGCACUAGGUACCACCCCCGCUGUGUUCGCAGGGGGUUAGCGCCGCACGACGACGGGCUGAAUCAUCUGUCUACCAAGCAUCUAGCACUGCCUCCCCAGAAAAAAUUGACUGGGGCAACUUGGUGAGUCCUCAUCGAAGGCAUUACCACGCAGGCAGAUGAAUCGUUUGACAAGUUCCAUGAGUCGGUAG